UUCAUAUCCACACACAACAUUCUCACAACACCUUAUUACUCAAGUCGAAUCAAGAGUUUUCUUAUUUCCCCUUGAACCUUUAAUAAAAGUUUUCGAUAUUUUCUUACGCCCGUAAAACACAAAGAUAUUGAUUCAUAAACCUUUCCAAAAGUAAGAAAAACAAAAAGAAAACAAGAACUAAACAGUUUGAUUUUUAGCUUCAUAUAAAACUAGCUAUUAAUGGAGAUGAUAACGAAGAUGGUUUUGGAGAGACCAGUGGUGAUAUACAGCAAAAGCUCAUGUUGUAUGUCCCACACGGUCAAGACAUUGCUCUGCGAUUUUGGAGCGAAUCCAGCAGUUUACGAGCUGGAUGAGGUCUCCAGAGGGAGGGAGAUUGAGCAGGCGUUGUUGCGGCUUGGGUGUAGCCCGGCGAUUCCAGCGGUUUUUAUCGGAGGAGAGUUAGUUGGUGGAGCCAACGAGGUCAUGAGUCUUCACCUUAACGGCUCAUUGAUCCCUAAGCUUAAGCGGGCUGGUGCAUUGUGGGUUUGACUUAAUAUAUUUAACUACUACUAGUUACUUAACACUAAGUUAAGUACGCAGAAUAAUGUUUAUAACUAUCACAACACAUCUAUGAUCUUUGACAUGGUGAUAUGAAUCCACGCACGAUCAAUAAUCAGGGGGUUGUCUUUUUAGUUGUUUUUCACGUUAUCUUAAUUUUAAAAAGUGCGAGCUUAUAUAUAUGAACUUUUAAGAAAGUAUAGAUUGACCUGAAGGAUGUAAUAUAUUAAUGAAAAAAAGAUUACAAUGUUUAG